GAGACUUAUUACGUCUUUCUGUUGAAGUUCAGACUGAGCAGCUCAGUCUGCACAUGCAGGCCCUGCUGGGUGUGUUAGUUACAUGUUCACAACUAAUCUGAGGGGCAGCCAUCAUGGUGCCUUCAGGGACCUGCUGGAAAACUGACGGGUUUUAAAAUUAGAAAAAGGAGCCAGCGGCACAUCCAGAAACAUGAUCAUGUAUGACUCAUGUAUAAAACAUCUGCAGGCCUGCUAGAAAUGUACCAUUUUCAUGAAUAUUAGGAAGUUAAUGUCGAAACUGCAUUUUCCCACAACACCGAAACGCGUCACGUCAGCAGGCCGGAGAUCAGGCCCGUCGCAGCACAUCUGGAUCAUUCUGUGAGAAAUGCCUCCAAAAACGGCCAAAAAGCUUUUAUGUAACAAACUGGAGGAUCUGUCCGCCGAAAACUUUAAGAGGUUCCGAACGGAACUGGUGGACCGGAAGGACGGCGUCAGGAUGAUCCAGGUGGAGGGUAAAGACGUCCUGGAGGUUUCAGAGGUGAUGGUCAACGUUCACACGGAGAGGAAAGCUCUGAAGGUGGCGGAGGAAAUCCUCAGAGAGAUCCGCUGCGAGCAGGACGCGGACGAACUGGCUGAAGAGGCUAAAAAAGCAGGUUUGUGUUCCUCUGAUGGAUCCAGCGAUGAGGAACACUUUGUGGACAGACACAGGGACGAGCUGAUCCAGAGAGUCACCACCGUUCCGUCCAUUUUGGACAAACUCUUAAAAGCCAAAGUUAUCCAAGCUGAAACCUAUGAUGAGAUCAUGUCGCUGCGGCCGGCCCAGGCCCAGAUGAGGAGGCUGUACAGAGACAUAGGAGGAGGCGGCAGGAGCGCAAAGGAUCUGUUCCUCCAAAUCCUGAAGGACCAGCAACGAUUUCUCAUCGAUGAUCUGAUGAAAAAUUAAAUCCUGGAGGAAAAUGAAAUCUAUUUUACACAGAAUGAAAAGAACCACAUUAAAACCACUUUUAUUCUAAAAGAAUAAAGAGUUGCUUCAUUU